UGUCGCGCGAGCGAAAACACCUAAAAACGUUGUUACGUACGGAUUCCGCUGCGAGCUCGCGACAAGACCUAGUUAGUUCUGCUGCUUGGUGGCAGUCUCUAAUACCUUCAAACGGAGAAGAGGAGAAGGAAAGUUUCCUGUGGGUUGAAGUAACUGAUCGUUUGCAUGUAACCUUUGCGCAAUCGAAACCAAAGAUCACGAUCGUUUGUCGGAUUGGAAGGAUUAAAUUGUGGGUUGUGAUAUUUGAUGGCACAGGGGUACUGUAGAAGUCUAGAAGGUAUGCUUCAGGAAUAACUCCUAAUUCCAGUUGAGCUUGUUUGUGUUUGUCGAUCGUUGUGCUUCGACAAUUAAUAAUUGAAUGUGUGCUGUGCGAAGGAGUGUGUAAGAAACCUGCUCCUGGAAAUUCCCUCAAGAAGUAGCAGCAGUAUCAUGGAUGUGAAGUAGUCUUCUAAUGGCCUGCCUGUGUGUGAGUUGAAAAUCCAGGUAAAGCAGAAAGAAGAACGAUAAUAAUACACGAAUCGAGUGUGUGGAUAGGAAUAAACGAAGAAAAACGCAAGAAAGUGGAAGCAAUCUAAAACCAAACACGCAGAAGGUUGGUGGCUGGUCGAGUGAGGUGGAUGGAUGCAUAAGAAUUUCAGAAAAAGGAAAUUUUCUUUGUGUGCCUCGAUCGUUUGUCGGAAUGAAGGGACACGCGGCGAGGAUCGAUGAUGAUGAGUGAAGCCCCAGCCCAGCAUGAUGCGAGCGGUUGAGUUUGAAGCUGAAGCAGAUUUGUGUUGCUCCGCCGUUGGUAAAGAAUAAGAAGUACAGUUGUACUCCUCGCGGAUGGGAUCGAGAGUGUUGGUGUGUUCGUUCAAAUGAUAUCGAAGAAGUGGUCAUCCGGCCGUGUGUAUUGAAAAUACCUUGUACAACAUUCCGGGGCGAAGUUCGAUUGGCUCGGUAAUAUAUACACCUGGAGCCGUGCCUGAUCUUCGUAGCGGUCUCUGUUGUCGUCGUCGUCGUGACAGUUACUGGAUAGAAUUGUACAAACUGGGCCCUAAACUGCAACGCGGUGAGUCACUACGGCGACCCAAUCUGUGUCUAGUUAGCAGCAGUAAGGGCGUCCAUUGAAGCCGGAUGGUUGGUUGGCGUAGUACAAAAACAUCAAUCUGAGCAGCUAAAUCCAGGAAGUGUGUGUGUCAUUCACCGGUAAGAAGAAACAAUUUAUAAUUCGCGCCGUUGUAUACGCGAUUUUUUUUGGGGGGAUAUAAGUUUGCGUUCUGCUUCGGUAAUUAACCAGAAAGCGAGAGAAGAGCAAGAAAAACAACCCAGAAAGUGCACUUGAACAAAUUUCUAUUCCCAUUGUGCCUAAGUUCCGCUCGACUGAUUUGGAGCCGGCUUGAAAUGAAGAAAGCGAAUUGGUGACAAAUUUUCAGUGUGUGACGACGAAGUGUUGUCUGCCGCCUCAAGUUCGUCUGCAUUUGGCUAUUAGAGAGCGUUUAAUUGAGCAAACGAAGUUUAGAGGGGGGAAAUACACCGUAACGCGACAAAAUUGUGCAAAUUCAGGAAGUACAGCAAUCACCACGAUCCCCGACUUUGGAUUGGAAGAGUGCCGGCCGGGACGUUUUAUGGGUUUGUCUCUGUUGAUUUUUUUUCGAAGAUUCCGUUCCCGAGUUUCGGCAAAAGCAAAGUAAUCGAAACAAGCGCUGUGUGAUAAUGCCAUUUGGAUUGGAUUAGCCGGCGCCCCCUAAGCUGGUCAGUGAAGUUAUAACGCCGCCGCUUUAAAGUGAUUAUUGUUAAAUGUACCUCCGUUUGCUUCCCUCGAAGCGACCGUUGAGUGAAAUUGCAAGAUAAUUGAAAAUACGAAAAGUUUCUCAAGUGUCUUCAAACUCCACACGGAAGUGAAUUAAUCGACCGUCCCAUAGAAUUGCCUUCCGCUUUUCCGAGUAGAUUCAUUCGUUGAUUCGUUGGAAGGUAAAAGUUAUUGCUGAGUGAGAGGGUCAGAAGUGAAGGGAAAAUAGCCAUGCUGGUAAAAGUUUUUGACCUUUGGUGGUGACCGAUUUUUUCUUAUAUAUUCCUGCAGAGUGAAUACAAUAACAACGUCAACAAAAAGCAAAAAAAGUGUGAUUCAGUAAAGCCGGAAGGCAGCCGUGGUGUGUAUUGUGCACAAAGAAAAAGAAAAAAAAAUCUUGCCGGUUGUGCGAACGUGUCUCAAGAAAUGGUCAGAGCUUAACUGAGGAGGUCCAAGUUUGAACGCGCGAGAGAAUCGCAAAGAAAUCGAUACCUCCUGUUGUUGCUGCAAUUGCAACGGAAAUCGGGGCCGCCCAUUUUACUACACCCGUACACAUAUAAUCACUUCACCCAGAUACUACAGCAGCAGCUAAUGCGAAAGAAAGCAAACGUAAACGCCAUCAGUCAGCCAGCUGAAACCUAACUUGGGGUUUGCGUUUCACGGACACUCGAAUAAACACCUCAGCUUUUCUACUAGGAAUUUCUAGAGUCAGCCCUUCUUCUUAUCACUCUGACUAAGGUGAUUCGUUACAACUGGGUGCAGCUUUUUUUCCUUACCAUGACAGAUGGGGGAAGACACUAUCCUAUGGCAGCGUUAUUAUCAGCAGCAGCAGUGAUGACUUCAACUGGCGGCGCAAAGAUGCAUCACCCUUAGAGAGAGGGAGCGAGUAUUUUGAACUACGGGAAGAGUGCCUUUUUCCGAACGGAAACCUUUUUAUUCGGUUUCGGAAAAUUUUGAUAGAUUUUAGUUUUAUCGAGAUAAAGUCCCAUUAGUACGUAAAAGUUUACUAAACGUAAAACAUAAGCAAAAUGAAUAAGAUAGUGAUAGCUGUAGUCGUAUAUCUAGCGAUAUCGGUGUUUACCACGCAAUCAGAUAGUAAUUUCUUCAGAAAAAAUGUAGAAAGCAAUGGCAGCAGUAGGUUAAGUAGAACAGACGAUGUGAGCCGUUUCGGCUUCAGGGAAGUGUUUAGUCUGGACCGAGUAGAUAGUCGGAGAAGUCGAAGAAGUUUGUACGAUGAAACCUAUGAGACUGAUAAUGGGUUGAAUGAAUUUGGUCUUUUGCCACUGGGAACUUCGAGGCCUGUCAAAGCUGUCGAUAAUCGGAAGCCGGUGUUUGUGAACUGUGAAGGUUACGCUCCGUCGGUGAAGGAAGAGCGAGACCCAGGAGAGUACGUCAUUCAAGUGAAUGCAACGGAUCCGGACGAACAUCAGAAGAUUUCCUACAGUUUUGUGACGGCUCCCGGGGAACGAUCCAAGUUUAGGAUAGACAAGACUACCGGACAAAUUACUACGACCCAUCGAUUUGAUCGAGAUGAACCGAUCCGAGAGAAGGAGGUUUACAUCACAGUUCGUGCCACUGAUGAUGGGCUUCCGAAUUUGGAUGAUGUCUGUACCUUCAAGGUGACCAUCGAAGACAUCAACGACAACCCACCGGUGUUCGAUAAAACCAGAUACGACGAACCCAUCACCAAGGAUGCUAAAAUUGGGACAAGAGUGGCUUCAAUAUCAGCCACCGAUUUGGACGACGGAGAUAACAGUAUUAUCAAGUAUGAGAUUCUUCAGAAGCACAACGAUCACACCUAUUUUAGGAUUAAUCCCAACAACGGUAUUGUCACCUUAGCUAAAUCGAUAGACAAAAGUCCGGGUCAAUAUUAUCAAAUCUACGUUCGAGCUUACAACACCGUACCGGAACAGGAUGCAGAAGUGGAAGUAAAAAUUCCCGUCAUCGAAUCCAAUAAACUCCCUCCCUACUUCACUGAAGUUCAACAAACUCCUAUCUCGCUGGAUGAAAAUUUCAGCAACUACAGUGCAGCUCUAGCGACGAUGAGAGCAAAAUCAAACAUAGCUGGCAAACCGGAGUUGAUCUACGAGCUGAUCACUGGAAGGACAGAACAAACCAACGGACGAAACACGUUUCUGCUCGAACAGAGAGAAGAUACUGCCAUCAUACUUCUGGGCAAAGCGCUAGAUUACGAAACCAUUACAGAAUAUACACUUACUGUGAGUGUAAAAAAUACCCACGAUCUGAUAGCUCAAACUGUAGUCAAAAUUAAAGUUCUCGAUGUGAACGAUAACAUUCCCUACUUCACUGAAGUAACUUCCGGUUGGAUCCCGGAGAAUGAACCCGCAGGAACUCCUGUGAUGCAAGUUCGUGCUUUCGACAUGGAUGGAACCUCGGCCAACAACAUCGUUUCGUUCAGAUUGGCAGACAACGAAGAAUACUUUGCCAUCGAUUACAACACCGGUAACAUCACGGCUUUGACUAUGUUUGAUCGUGAAGCCACCGAUACCUAUCACCUGAAAAUCAUUGCCGAAGACAAUUCUCCAUCUGCGCUGUACAACAACGGCAAACCGAACUCCAUUUCGCAGACCUUUAUUAUCAAGAUUUCCGACAAGAACGAUCACCCGCCCAAGUUUACCAAGGAUUAUUACGUUUCCGAGAACGUUGCGGAAGAUGCCAACAAGAACACGGUAGUGAUUGUGGUCACGGCCCAGGACGUGGAUACGGCUUCCCAAAUCACGUAUUCGAUCGUUUCCGGUAACAUCGGAAAUGCGUUCAAGAUUGACGAGACGACGGGUGCUAUUUCGGUAGACAACGAGCUGGAUUAUGAGAACAUUACCGAGUACACGUUGCAGGUGCGUGCCUUCGAUGGAACCUACGACGAUAACGCAACGGUUUCGAUCAAGGUCGAAGAUGUUAACGAUAAUCUACCGAAGUUUGCGAAGAACGACUACAACCUGGAAAUCGAAGAAGAAAAGAUUAUGGAAGGUUGUAUCGCGACGAUUGAGGCUUGGGAUCCAGAUAUUAAGGAUCGCUCGGCUCCACAGCACAUUAAAUUUGCGAUUGUGAAGGUUGAACAGAGGCCUUUGCUUGAGAUUGACGAUGCAGGAUGUUUGCGACAGAAGGCUCCGCUUGACCGGGAUCAACCGAAUGGGCACAAAGCUUGGCAAGUUAUUAUUUCGGCAACCGAUGAGGACGGUAGUGGAAGACAGUCGACAACUACGGUGAAUAUCAUUCUGAUCGAUACCAACGAUAAUCCACCCUUUUUAACCAAUUCGAUGCCGGUGGUUUGGUACGAAAAUCAGGAGCCGGGAAGGAUAACUCAGUUAACGGCGGAUGAUUACGACGAACCUCAGAACGGGCCACCGUUUAAGUUUGAGAUUUCGGACGGUGCCAGUAACGAUAUCAAGAACAAGUUUAGAAUUGAUGCAGAUGUGCUGUAUGCUCAGCAUAAUUUUGAUCGGGAGCAGCAGAAGGAGUACCGUAUUCCGAUUCUGAUAACCGAUAGUGGUUCACCGAGGCCGUUGAGCAAGGUCAGCGAAUUGCAUCUGGUGAUUGGAGAUGUGAACGACAACGAGAUGAGCGACGGCGAGAGUAAGAUCUUCGUGUACAACUACAAGGGAGAAUCGCCGAAUGCCGAGAUCGGAAGGGUGUAUGUUGAAGAUUUGGAUGAUUGGGAUCUUCCGGACAAGACGUUCCGCUGGAAGGAUGAGUACAGUGGUCACGAUAAUUUCAUGUUGAACGAAGAUACCGGUAUGAUAACGAUGCUGCAGGGUACGCGUGGUGGAGAGUAUGAGCUGUUUUUCGUUGUGACGGAACAGUCGAGUUAUUUCGCGCGGCAUUCGGUGUCGGCAAAGGUGGUGGUUACGGUUAAGGAAAUCCCGGAAGAAGCGGUGGACAAGAGUGGGUCGAUACGAUUCUAUGGAAUCACGGCAGAGGAAUUUGUAACGCGUAGUCCUUCUCUUUCGCUAACGCCAAAGGAUAGAUUGCAGGCCAGUAUUGCGGAUUUGUUCAACAUCAGCAAGGAUAAUGUGGAUGUGUUUACGGUGUUGCAGCGCGAUAACAAUGCAUCAUUGUUGGAUGUGAGAUUUUCAGCUCACGGAAGUCCUUAUUAUGAGCCGGAACGUUUGAACGGUUUGAUUGGCUACCAUCAGAGGACUCUGGAGGAAGAACUUGGGCUGCGGAUGUUGAUGGUUAGUAUUGAUGAGUGUAUCGAAGAGAAAAUGCGGUGUGAGCUGUCAUGUAAAAAUGUGCUACACAAGUCGAGUGUACCGAUAGCAGUUUACACGAACACAAGCUCGUUUGUCGGAGUCAAUGCGUUUGUGCAGGCAGAGUGUGUGUGCGAUGCCCCACCAAUAAUGACGGAAUGUUUGAACGGAGGCACUCCUUACAACGAUAAGUGCGAAUGUUUGGAAGGUUAUGAAGGUCCUCAUUGUGAGGAGAUCGCUAUCGGUUUCUACGGGCAUGGUUAUGCAAUGUACCCACCGGUGAGUCCGUGCAACAUGACCAGAAUAAGCUUGGAGCUUACGCCACAUCGAGAGGAUGGAUUGGUCAUGUACAUUGGGCCGAUGAGUUUCAAUCCGCUGCUGCCGAUUCAAGAUUUCUUGGCACUGGAACUGGUGAAAGGACUUCCGGUUCUGUUGUUGGACUAUGGAACCGGUACAAUCCGUAUUGAGCACAAGCAUCGUUACCCUCAAGGUAGACCAUUUACUGUGGAAAUAGUGCUGCAACCGCAAACGGUGGAAAUGAUCGUGGACAACUGUAAGCUUUCGACUUGUAUGAGCUUAGAUGCUCCGAAAGGACCGAACGAGUCGCUGAACGUUAAUUCUCCUUUGCAAUUGGGUGGAGCUGCCGUGAAUUUGGAGUCUCUCGGGUCGAUGUUCAACUGGACCUAUGUACCGCAAAGUAAGGGUUUCAGUGGCUGCUUACGAAAUUUAACGAUCAACGACAAGACGUAUAACUUAGGUUCGCCAAGCCUGGCCAAGAACCAUGACCCGGGCUGUCAUCGAUCGGUGGCGGUAGCGGUAUCUUUCGGAAUCGAUUCUAACUUCCUGAUCGCUAUCAUUGUGUGCAUUGCGGUUCUGUUGAUAUUACUGUUGGCAGUCGUGGUGCACAAGAAACAUCAAGACGGAUGGCACGAGAAGGAUAUGGAUGACAUACGGGAGACAAUAAUCAACUACGAAGAAGAAGGCGGUGGAGAGCGGGACGCAGAGUAUGAUCUCACAGUGCUUCGGGCACCACCAUACACGGAUAAACCUUACGGAAUCGACCCGCGGCAGAACGAAGCCGUACCGGAUAUCGGUGCUUUCCUGACAGACAAGAAGGACGCGUGCGAUAAGGAUGCCGAUGCGUAUCCAAUCGACGAUGUGCGGCAUUAUGCCUACGAAGGGGACGGCAACAGUUCCGGAUCCUUGUCCAGUUUAGCAUCGUGCACCGAUGAAGGUGAUCUCAAGUUUAACUAUUUAUCAAACUUCGGACCUCGCUUCCGGAAGCUGGCUGACAUGUACGGCGAGGAACCAUCCGACACGGAUUCUAACGUGGACGACGACGAAGGAUGGAGAAUCUGAGCGAAAACGAUGGGUACAAAAGUUUAGAAAUAUCUAUUAAAAUCGGCAUCGUUUGUCUCAUCGAGCCACUAGAAGAGAGUUAUCAGUCGCGGAAGCCAAAGACUAAAGUUUGGACCAAUAUUGGUAGCAAUUUUUUCGGUAUAUGAAAUAGAAAGUUUUUUUUGUAUAUUUUAAACGAGAAGAAAACGGCGAUCAAUAAACAUUGUUUGAAUUUUUGAACUGAGAGUCUACUGCUAAAGCAAUAAAAAAAACGGAUACAAGUAUUUUAGGCAAAUUGACCAAACCGCACAAUGUGCAAUCUCGUUGACUCCAGCUUGGUGGUUUCGUAGAUGAUUCAUCGAAAAGUGGUCGUCGUGUGAAUGAGCUAGCGUAAAGUUGCUGACGGGGUGCUGACUACAGGUAAAAAAUAAGGUCACGUGACAUUUGUUAGAUUCCGGUACCCGAGCCCGUGGAUGAGAAAGCAUUUAUUCACCCCCAAACAAAAAUAACAAAAAAAAACACCGUUCCUCUGGGCUGGUUUUCCCAAAAUUGAGACAUUCCUUAUACCGUUCGUUUUUUUCUCUUCAUUUUUUUUUUUCUUCAUUUCAACUCUAGUAGCUAUUAACAGCGCUGUUCGCUGCAUGAGUCAUUUUCAUUUUUCGAAACAUGACGAAUCGUUUUAAAUGUAUGUGAGAGUGUGUGUAUGCGUCUAGUGUGUGUGUGUAUGUGUAUAAAUAUGUAAGCCCGUUUGAAUUGAAGUUCCCGUAGGCCGGUUUUCGGGUGCCCUGAUUGAUUGGUAUCGGAACCAGUAGGACAGGAACCAUUACGGGGAAAACGACGGUGCGGCGAGCUGAUCGAAUUAGACAAUGUCUUCCAUCGGUGUCCCUUCUUGUGUUAGUUAUGUAUGUAUGUUGUGUAGGUAUGAUGAAGUCUUAUGCUCGGGUUCUGAUGUUUUAUGUAUAAUAGUAGUGAGGUAUUGGAAACAUUUUUCUUAUCCAUCCAAUCGAAACGUCUCAGUCGUGAUAACAUGUUGUACAUAUUGUCCCCCACUCAAGAAUGCUUUCGUCAGAAAGCAUUGAUACUUGUCGCGUUUAACGUACAUUUUCGAUUUGGGUUCUAAGCUGUCGGAAUAUUGUUUUUUUUUUAAUUAAAACAAACUUUUACUCUCCUUAAAAUUUAAUUGUUUUAAAAAUCAAUAUUUAACAGCUUAGGCCCUUUCGCAAAAGUACGCUCCAACUAUCGAUGUAAUUUCGAAAUAGUCUGCUGAAGUUCUAUCACUUGUAGAAAGACUGUCUAGACUAGACUGAUAAUGUUGUAAAUGUCAGAGGCAUCUGUUGUUGCUCUUUUGAGCAAGCACGAGAAAGAUUGUCCAAUUCGAUGGGAACUGAAAUGUGUUUGUUAUGAAGUGUUGACAAAUCUUCUCCAUCGGUAGAUUGACGAAAAUAACAUCUAAACCAUCCGGCGUCCGACGUCAAUAUUCAUUUUGCCCAAAUUUCGACCUCUGGUAGAGAAGUUCGUCAUGGAAAUGUUGUUAUUGUUUUCUGUUCAGUUCGUACAGGCUGUCCUCGAAAAUUUGAGUCGACAAAUCUUUCAAAAAUAAAAUUAACAUGUUCGUCGCCAAUCGUCACUCACUCAGAAAAAGUCCAACUAUGAAAGGCUAACGGAGAAAAAUAUGGUUACAAUCCGAAAUAAUUUUGAAUAAAAUAUAUAUCUCCAAAUUGGUGUUUUGACUUUUCAAAUUUAGACGUAUUUUUAUCGAUCCGUUUAGAACACGGUGAGUGUGGCAAUCAGACGUUUAUGUAUUGUGGUAGUCAUUGCGCUUUCGUUUUAAAAUUAAUUUUAAUCUAUUAAAGCUUUGAUGCUGUUAUCUGUUCAAAAGUAAAUCCUCACUGCCUAUUGGAAAAAGGUAAAUACACGCUCCUUUUUUUAAACUCAAAAUUAAGUAAUUUUGGUUCAAAACAGCACUUCAGUAGCAGCCCUCAACUUUGAGUUCGACUGGGCAAUCGCAAAACUAAGUUCAGAUAGGCAUACUCAAUAUUAUGUUCGGCAGCCGAACACAAAUUUAUCCUUUUUAUUCGAGGGUUGCUUAUUUUCAGGGAAUUUAAGGAUAUAUAAAUUUUUUUGUACCCGGAUGUUGCUGUUCCGGUACAGGUCGAACUCAGCUUUGCUCCCUCGCCGAAGGAAAAAAAGGGAUCAAUUUUGAGUUCGCAGUUCGAACUCCCUUUGAACCAACGCAAGGAGGAAAAAGGGUACUAAACUUUAAGUUCAUAGAAUCGAACUAUGUUUUGAACCUCGGUUAUACUUAAUUUUGAGUUAAAAUAAAGGAGCGUGUAUGAAGUACUAAUUCACUUGUAGAAUAGUGGAUGGUUGCAAUUGCAAAAACAGUUGAUAUCUGACGAUUUCGUUAGAAAUUCUUGAUUAUACAACUGGAUAGUUAAGUUCGAGUUCGUUCUGAGAAAAGACAAAGAUUGAUCAUCAAUAUCAACUCAGUUUUAUCACGUUCAUCGCUUUUUUUCUGAUUUUUUGCGGGGAACCAAUCUUUUAAAUGUUAAAUGCCGCUAAAAUUGCAAAAGUUUUCUCUGAGGUCCUAGAUUAGACCUCUAAUGGAACUUCGCGGGCUCAAAAAGCCGCUAGCGUUCGGAUUAGCAUUUGCCGUAAAAAAUAACCAAUGUGAUUUCCAAUGACUCAUUAACGAACUUUUCUGUUCCAUUUGGUACUAAUUUGGAACUUCUAUGAACCUUUGUUGGUACAGAUGAAUUUUGAAUUCGUCUACCACUUUUUUUCAAUUUGGUUACAAAGUGGUUUGAUUUCCCUCAAGUAACCUUUACUCAGCCAAAUGUGAACUUGAUUGUCCCAAUUUAAUCUGUAGUGUGACCUUUGAGAACUUGAGAAUCAAUUCUGGAUAACGCCUUAUAUAUAGACGAAUUUCAAAUCAAAUCGGCACGAAGUGUGCAUGACCCUCUCAGAAUUCAAUGAAACUUUAUAGAUAUAAGAAUCUUACAUGAGAGAGGUUCAUAAGAGAGUUUUGGAAAAACGAUUGAAUUUUUAGAAAAAAAUAUUUAUUUUUUUUUUUGAAAUCCUACACUGAGAAAAAUACAUUUCGAAAAAUUGAAACUCAAUCCCCAAAAAAUGCCAUCUCAAAAUUUGAUGAAUUUUUUUUCUAAGCCGGAUAAUAAUAAGGCCAACAAGUCGUCCAUACAUUACAACUUGUGCAUAUUUAAGGAAAACAAGUUUUUCCAACAAAAAGUUUUUUUUGAAUAUCAUGUAAUUUAUUUUUUCAGUGUAGAUUUCCAACCUUCAAUUCAAAAGCUGCUUCGUUGAAUUGGUUGUACUGAUUUCGAAGAAAUAAUAGCUCCGAUUGUAAUAAUUGAUAAGUAAGUGGCAAUCCUACAGUACACUGAUAAAAAUGCAAAAUAAAAAAUCGAUUUAAAAUAUUGUUCUCAGAUUUACACUGUAUCAAAAAAUUGUCCGUACAGCACGUACCUUAAAAUCCAAACAAUCAAAAAGUGCACUUUUUCAGUCAAUAAAAAUACUACAAUUAAAUCAUUCGUUGCAGAAACUAGUCCAUUUUAUAGAUCAGUAUUAAAAAUGUUUAUGAAUUAAACCUUUAAAAUAAUAAAAAUCAUUUUGUAUAGAAAGUCCCAAAAACGACGUCAAAAAAUUGUCCGUACACUGAGGCCUUUGUCAAAUAUUAGUCUAAUAAACAGUUAUGUGUCAGUCUAUCAAACGCAGAAACAGUGGUCUGAGCGAUGAAUACGGUAAAAUGAACGGUAUUUAGCGUAAAUCAAUAGAUUUCAACAAUUUGUGGAUUAUAUUAACAGAAAACUGUCUGCUCCUCACAUAAAAAAAUAUCCGUUGACAUCCGGAAACUGAUUGUUGACCUGAAGAAUGACGGUAAAAGCUUGUCCGAAAUUGCAAGUAUAGUAAAAGAGCCACCGUCGGUUCAGUAUGUCCUUCAGAACUUAAAGAAGACUAACUCCCUGGAGACAUAACAUACUUCAGGAAGAGGCCGUAAACUGAAGCUUACGGAUCGUCACCAUCGCAUCAUUGUCAGGGAAAUUAGUCAGAAUCCUGAAAUCAGUGCCCCGAAACUAGAUGACAGCCUGAAGAAUUUUGAAAACAUACAAGUUAAUCCUCAAACGGUACGGAACAUACUUCAUGAGAAAUAAACCGUGGUCGUGUUGCUCGUAAGAAGCCGUUUAUAUCUGCUAAGAAUAAGAAAAAGCGGCUGGAAUACGCCCAAAAGUAUGUCCUGGAACUGGAAGAGUUCUGGCAGAACGUCAUAUUCACUGACGAAAGCAAUUUUAAUAUUUUUGGGUCAGACGGACAUGUAGCAGUAUGGCGUAAUCCAAAUACUGAAUUGGAUCCAAAAAACUUGCGACCAAAAGUUAAGCACGGUGGUGGCCAUGUAAUGGUGUGGGGUGCAUUCAGCGCAAAUGGCAACACGACCUCAGUAUUUUUUCUCAUGCUCCGUACCGUUUGAGGAUUAAUUUGUACACCCAAAAUUCAGCCUCUGUGCCAAUGGCGUGUAGUCAAUUACAUAGCAUCAUUGGUACAAGAAGAUAACGCGAUCGGUGCUGAUUCGAUUUGCUCCCACCGGCAUUAAUCUCCCAAGUUAACCGAAUUGCGUAUGUCUGAAUGAAACAAAAUAAAAACGCUUUCACGUCCCUCCCUAUCGCACCACAAGACGAAGAAGGAUGGAAAUAAAUACCGGCCAACACCAGGCAGCCAGCGAACCGAGCACUGUGCUUGUGAAUGUAGCAAAAGCAACAACAAAAACAUCCUUCUAAUUCAAUCCCUUCAAUCCACCAGCAAACAACCACGGCCGAGCUGUGCGUGUGUAUGCAGUAAAAGCAACAACAAAAAAAACAUUCCUUCAAUUCAAUUCGCCGGCAAACAACCACGGCUAAGCUGUGCGUGUGUAUGUAGCAAAAGCAACAAGAAUAUAUUCCUUCAAUUCACCGGCAAACAAGCACCGGCAAAGCUGCCCGGCUUUAGCAGCUGUGUAUAUGUAGCGUGUGUAUGUAAUAGCAGGCAGUAAGCAAAGCACAGUUCUCAUUCAAUGGGUUUCCCGUUUCCUUCACUCCCGUUCCCUUUCCCGUUUCCAUCGCAAGACAAAUGAAUACCUUGAAAGGAGGCCAAACACCGGGAAGCCACUGUCGUGCGUUUCUUUUGUGAUUGAUCGGUGGCAGAAUGCCUAUGACAAAUAUCCCUCUACCUGCAUGAAGCUCAAAUAGUACACUGGUUAAAAUGUCGGUCUGGCAAGUCCAUUUAGUUAGUGAUUUGAGUUCGAUUCUCCCUACGGGCGCUGUGGUUUAUAUUUUUAUUUUCUUGUUUCUGGGAUGAAUUAUCCAAUAGGAAGGAAAUCCCAUAAAAUGUUUUUCUUGUUUUGCUUGAAUGUAGUGGUCAUGCAUCAUUUUAGUUGGGAGCCGAGUCCUUAUGCCAGUUACGGUUUUUCAAACAUAUCAUCUUCGGCACAGUGCACAUUUCAGCGCAUUAUCGGCACAGAGAUAUGCUAAAUAGGCAUUGGAUUUUUGCAACCUCUUCUAUGGGUGUAUGUUUUCAAUAUUCUUCAGGCUGUCAUCUAGUUUCGGUGCACUGAUUUUAGGAUUCUGACUAAUUGCCUGACAAUGAUGCGAUGGUGACGAUCCGUAAGCUUCAGUUCGCAGCCUCUUCCUGAAGUAUGUUAUGUCUCCAGGGAGCAAGUCUUCUUAAAGUUCUGAAGGACAUACUGAACCGACGAUCGUGGCCCUUUUACUAUACUUGCAAUUCCGGACAAGCUUUUACCGUCAUUCUUCAGGUCAACAAUCAGUUUCCGGAUGACAACGGGUUUUUUUUUUUGUGAGGAGCAGACAGUUUCCUGUUAAUUUAAUCCACAAAUUGUUGUAAUCUAUUGGUUAACGCUAAAUACCGUUCAUUUUACCGUAUUUAUCGCUCAGACCACUGGAAAUUGUCUUUGCAGAGAACUCACGUUUCUGCGUUUGAUAGACUGACACAUAACUGUUUAUUUGACUAAUAUUUGACAAAGGCCUCAGUGUACGGACAAUUUUUUGACGUCGUUUUUGGGACUUUCUAUACAAAAUGAUUUUUAUUAUUUUAAAGGUUUAAUUCAUAAACAUUUUUAAUACUGAUCUACAAGAAGGACUAGUUUCUGCAGCGAAUGAUGUAAUUGUAGUAUUUUUAUUGACUGAAAAAGUGCACUUUUUGAUUGUUUGAAUUUCAAGGUACGUGCUGUACGGACAAUUUUUUGAUACAGUGUAAUUAAAAAAAAAAGUGGUGGAGAAUAAUGUGGUCUACAACUCUUCUGAACAUCACAAAGUGAGCACUCUUAAGGGAAAAAAGUUUGACUAUCAAAAACUUUUUAAAGUUUUUUGGGGCCAUAUUCAGAAUAAAAAUACCUUUUAGCAGGAAUUUGAUGUUUAUUUAUUUGUAGGUACAAACGAAUCAAACUUUUGUGUUCCGGAAAUCGUUUUGGCUUUUUUAAAAUAAACUCUCAAGUUCCUCUGACAUUUGUGUGCAUUAUUUGUUUAUUUGUUUCGUCAAUCGUAACGUAGACUAGUUUGAUACAUGUGUAUUUCCUUAAGAAUAGGUUUAAGCAGUGUCUGCUUUACAAUUUUUCUCAAGAAUUUAGAUUUCUUCGAUGAAAAUAUUGUUUGAGUUUUUGCCGAGACAUUGUAAAGUCAAUGGUUUCGCAGUGUUGAUUGUAAGAGGCCAUCAUGCGAUUUAUUGGCCCGUUUUUCGCGUAGUUUGUGCGAUAGUGAUUAAUGAAAAAUAAAUUUCGAUUUCGGAGUUGCCGAGAGGGUGCAUAAAAGUUUAAUUUUGAUAGAAUUUCUUUUGAGUCUAUACGCUUCGAAACGAUAUCGUUUACAAAUGAAACCAUUGCAUAUUCGCGGCGUUCUUUUAGUGUUUGUAUGUCAAUGAGCAUGCAGCGCGCUUUAUAUGAUGGAAGUGGAAAUGAUGUCCAACCUAAUUUACGAAGGGCAUAUAGUAGAAAUUGCUUUUGAACUGAUUCUAUUCUUUCUUCGUGUGAAAUUGAAUAUGGGGACCAAACAACGCUGCAAUGUUCCAGUAAAGACCUUAUAUAGGCAAUAUAUAGUGUUUUUAUUGUGUAUGGGUCUUGAAAAUUAAAGCUAAAGCGCUUAAUAAAGCCCAGCAUGUUAUUUGCCCUAUGGAUGAUAGUAUUGUAAUGGUCUGUGAAAGUAAGUUUGGAGUCUAAGAUAAUUCCUAAAUCCCUGACUCGUUCACAUUUUUCUACAUUCUGAUCUCCUAAUGUAAUUGUUAUGUUUGGUGUUGUUCUUUUUCUGCUAAAUGAUAUUAAGCUGCAUUUUUUUACAUUGAGCUUCAGAAGGCUUUUUUUGCACCACAGGUAGAAAAUGUGAAUUUCAUUCUGGAAUAAGCUGAUGUCUUCUUCAUUUAUUAUUUCCAAAUAGAGCUUCAUGUCGUCGGCAUAAAUGAGCAUUUUGAGAUUUUUGAGAAUAAAGGAAAUGUCAUUUACAUAUAGUAUGAAAAGUAGGGGUCCUAAAUGAGAUCCUUGUGGAACUCCUGAAGUGACUUGAAUAGGAAGCGAUUUCUUUCCAUUGAAAUUUAUUAUUUGUUGGCGAUUCGUUAGGUAUGAUUCACGCCAUUUCAGGAGUUGAGAUUUUAUGCCAAUUUUUUGUAAUUUGAAAAGAAGCAUUGGUAUGUCUAUGCGAUCAAAUGCCUUACUAAAGUCUGUAUAAAGAGCUUCCACAUGGUUGCCAUUAUCCAUUGCAUUCAAUGAAAAGUCUAUAAAUUCAAUUAAAAUAGUUGAGGUUGAACGGUCUUUGAAAAAGUCAUGUUGCCUGUCAGUUAUUCGGUUCUUAAUUUGGGCAAAUAAUUUUUCGUUUAUAAUUGCUUCAAAAAGCUUUGGAAUGCAAGAGAUAAUGGCUAUUCCGCGAUAAUUUCGAAUGUCAGACUUUCGACCAGAUUUGAAUAUAGGCACUAAAAAUGAACUUUUCCAAAUUUUAGGAAAAUUUUCUGAUUCCAAUGACAUAUUGAAAAGCCAAAACAAUGAAGCUGUCAUUUCCAUUGUCAAACUUUUCAUGAAUACAGGAGGAAUUCCGUCUGGUCCUGGACUUUUCGAAGCGUCCUUGCAGAAUAUCCUGCACAUGAACUUGAAUAACUCUUUAGAUAUGUAAUAGAUAUAGAAUUUUGUUAUACCUUUCUCUGUUUGUUUAAUUGUCCAGUCAUAUAGUUCUAUUGGUGUUGCAAUGAACCAAUGCAAUAAACUUUUAGUUUUGGAUUAAAGUUAUACACUUAAAAAAAAUUCAUUUCAGUAUGGACUUGAAGAAAUUUUUUUUUAGAGAUUUUUUUCCCCUUAAAUAUGUGUACAAGUUGCAAUGUAGGCAUUAUUACUACUCGUCUUAAAAAAAAUCCUUAAAUUCUGAGAUGGAGUUUGUUGGGGAAUAAAGUUUUAGUUAUUAAAAUGCAUUUUUCUCAAUGUAGGAUUUUAAAAUAUUUUUUGUCUAUUUUUUUUUCUAAAAAUUCAAUCAUCUUUCUAAAACUCCCCGGUAAACCACAUUUGUGUAGGAAUUGUAUUUUUAGAGCUAUAAAUUUACAUAAAAAAUUGGCCUGAAAAGCGCCCUUUUUAAAUGUUAGUCUAGAUCCUUUUUGGGAAAACUAAGUAUACCAAGUGACUACGUUAGGUCUAUACACAUAUAAAGUUUCAUUCAACUCUGAGAGAGUCAUGUAAGAUACUGUGUUGAGUUGGCGCGAAAUCCGUCUAUAAAGAGAAAAGUGUCUUCUUUUCGGGGUACACCCUGUACGCUUCGAAUUCGGUAGGUCAUCAUGGCAUAGGUCAUUCUCCCCCCGUGCUACAUUUCGUGUUUCGGCUUCUGUCCAGUGAGAAUGAUGAAGAAAGAGAACCUGAAUGAGGGAGGGAGGAAGGGGUGUCGUCAUGCUCCAGUAUUUUAACAAACCCCUGGUCGAACAUAUCAAAUCAGUUCGAUUUCCUUUUGAUACGCCCUGUGUCUCAAGUAUGACAUCGAUUCAUUUAAAAGCUGGACUAUAAUUCCGAACGAAUUGACCGUGUACAGGUCGGCCCCAUGAAUGACGAAGUGGCGUAACGGGGCCGUCGCUAGACUGCCGAUUGCCUUGUGCUUUCCACCGAACCAUGUAGUAGUACUUUACCGAGAGAACACAUUGAACUUUCCUUAUAUAGACGACACGAAUCGUUGUUUAUUCUUUGAUUGAACACGAAGGUCCAGUUCCAGUCCGAGAAAUAUCAGAAGUGAUAGAGCGUGGAAAAAUGACUGCUGGCUCCCCGAUUGCUGACGGAAGCUCUAUAUUUCAGUAUUGUCUUUGGAUGUAUUUUAUUUGCAGUAAAAUUGAUUUAUUCAUUUCAACGUAAAAAGAAAUAGCUUCUUUCCGAAGAAGUAUAGAGUAUAGAGUUAAUACUCAAAAGUUCAGAUUGUGACAACAAUUACUCGUAAACCAACAUUCAACAGCAUUGACAGCGCUUGGAAAAUUAUUUUCAAACUUCAGCAAUCGAUCUACGACAGAUACAGCAUAAAGCGAAAGAGAAACAAUAUGAGACACAAACAUAAACAAUACUUGCAAUCUAGCUGCCUUAUUCCGAGACAAAAAAAACGGAAUCCUGUAACACGAUUUAGUCCUCAUUUUUAACUAAAUAAUAAAGAAAAACGGCGAAACAGAACCCCGCUUUUACCGAACUCAAACGAAGAAACGGAAAUCAAACAGUAACUAGUUUUAACGAACAAACGGAAAAAUGAUGUAAAUCGUAUUUUUUUUUUCUAAGAAGAAAGAGAGACAGAGAGAGUGCCUUUACGUGUUGACGAAGCACGGCAAGAAUUUUAAGUCCUUAAACGUAAUUAUAUUUAUAGCGAUUUUAAAACAGAAAUAAAACAGAAAACCUGUAAAGUUGCAAUUAAUCAAAAAUGGAAAAACGAUUAUUUUUUCUCUCGAAGAAAAGAAGACUCGUCAAACGGCGGACCACUCUCGAUUGUGCGAGAGAGAAUAUUCGAAUAGGCAAAUGAGAGUUUUAUUUAGCGGUAAAAGCGAAACCAACUUUUAGGUGUCAAUUUUUUAAAAACAUAUAGUUUUAAGCUCUGCUGCGAAAAGUGAAACAAAAAAGAAUAGAAAGAGUGAUAAUCAAAGAAUUACGCAUACCACACAUACUGUAAGGAACAAGCAAAAGUUGGUUUGGUACAUUUCGAGUAGAGAAUAAUCAAAUCGAAAGAAAGAGAGAGAGACACGAACAAACUAAGAAGAAAAAACAAGUUCAACGGCAAAAAGCGAAGAGCGCCGCAAAAAGUGAUCAAUAAUUUUAGAUAAGCGCGCAGAUUGAUUAGACUUAAUUUUAAUUUAUUUGAUACACGAGCGAGUUGGAAUCGUCCAGUCGAGAAGCAGCUAGCGAGCGAUUAAAUUAGAAAACUUAGCGGUUUAAUAUGAUUGAUACUAUAUUUACCUAUAAUUGAGUGCGUUUUGUAAAUGAUGAGCGUGGGUGCGAAAACGAACUGCUGCAAGAGAGAGAAACGGAAUAAUGAUCAAAACGUUAAUUGUAAAUGUAUAAUUCCAUUUUUUAAUUAGGCUCUUUUUCAAAGACGGAAAAUAAAUGACUAGUAAUUUGAAA